GCAACCCCCCCCCCCCCCCGCUCAAGCAUGAGUCAAGUGCUGCAGCACCCGCGCGUCUUCACGUUCGUGAAGGGCGAGAGCAAGGGCGACGGCAGCAUGAAGCCGCUGCUGGGCGGCAAGGGCGCCAACCUGUGCCAGAUGGCGCGCAACGGCGUGAACGUGCCGCCCGGACUGACCAUCACGACGGAGGUGUGCCAAGAAUUCUACGCGGUGGGCGGGCGCCUGCCGGACGGCCUCAUGGACGAGGUGCGCCAGGGCGUGCGCCUCAUGGAGAAGGCGCUGGGCGUGACGUUCGCCGACGCGGCCAAUCCGCUGCUGGUGUCGGUGCGCUCCGGCGCGGCCAUCUCGAUGCCCGGCAUGAUGGACACGGUGCUGAACCUCGGUCUGAACGACGAGAUCGUCCAGGGCGUGGCCAAGCGCGGCGGCGAGCGCUUCGCGUUCGACUGCUACCGGCGUCUGUUGCAGAUGUUCGGCGACGUGGUGCUCGAGAUCCCGCACGACGACUUCGAGGCCGAGCUGUCGGCCAUGAAGCAGGCGCGCCACGUGACGUUCGACGUGGAGCUGACGGCCAGCGACCUGAAGGAGCUGGUGCAGAAGUACAAGAAGGUGUACGAGAGGCACGGCCGCUCGUUCCCGUCGGACCCGUGGGAGCAAAUGCGCAUGGGCAUCGAGGCCGUGUUCCGCUCGUGGAACAUCCCGCGCGCUGUCAAGUACCGCGAGAUCAACAAGAUCACGGGCCUCAAGGGCACGGCCGUGAACGUGCAGGCCAUGGUGUACGGCAACAUCAACGACCAGUCGUGCACGGGCGUGCUGUUCACGCGUAACCCGGCCAACGGCGAGAACAAGCUGUACGGCGAGUUCCUGCUGAACGCGCAGGGCGAGGACGUGGUGGCGGGCAUCCGCACGCCGCAGCCCAUCUCGGAGCUGGCGCAGAAGAUGCCGACCGUGUACAAGCAGCUCGACGAGACCGUGCACACGCUGGAGACGCACUUCAAGGACGUGCAGGACACGGAGUUCACGGUGCAGGACGGCGUGCUGUUCAUGCUGCAGACGCGCAACGGCAAGCGCACGGGCCCCGCCGCUCUGAAGAUCGCCGUGGACAUGUGGCGCGAGAAGCUGAUCACGGAGGAAGAGGCCGUGAUGCUCGUGGAGCCGCGCCACCUGGACCAGCUGCUGCACCCGAGCUUCGCCAACGAGAAGGGGUACCAGAAGGACGUGCUGUGCCGAGGCCUGCCGGCGUCUCCGGGCGCGGCCGUGGGCAAGAUCGUGUUCACGGCGGCCGACGCGGAGGCGUGGUUCGCGCGCGGCGAGAACGUCAUGCUGGUGCGCGAGGAGACGUCGCCCGAGGACGUGGGCGGCAUGCACGCGGCCGAGGGCAUCCUCACGUCUCGCGGCGGCAUGACGUCGCACGCUGCCGUGGUGGCCCGCGGCUGGGGCAAGCCGUGCGUGUGCGGCUGCAGCGCGCUGUCCAUCGACGCCAACAGCAAGACGAUGCGCGUGCACACGUCGAGCGGCGCCGAGGUGGUGCUGCGCGAGGGCGACUACAUCAGCGUGAACGGCACGUCGGGCGAGGUGAUCAAGGGCGAGCAGGAGCUGCAGAAGGCUGCCAUGAGCGGCGACCUGGCGCAGUUCAUGAAGUGGGUGGACGCGCACCGCCGCAUGGAGGUGUUCACGAACGCCGACACGCCCGAGGACGCCCGCGAGGCUCGCGCCCACGGCGCGCAGGGCAUCGGCCUCACGCGCACGGAGCACAUGUUCUUCAGCUCCGCGCAGCGUAUCGCCGCCGUGCGACGCAUGAUCGGCGCCGUGGAGCUGGACUCGCCGGCGCAGCAGGAGGCGCUCGACGCGCUGUGCACGUUCCAGCAGGGCGACUUCGAAGGCAUCUUCCGCGCCAUGGACGGCCUCCCGGUGACCAUCCGUAUGCUGGACCCGCCGCUGCACGAGUUCCUGCCGCACGAGGGUAGCGCGCUGGACGAGCUGUGCGAGACGCUGUCCAAGGAGAUGAAGGUGAGCAAGGCGACGGUGCAGUCGCGCCUGGCCGGCCUGAAGGAGGCGAACCCGAUGAUGGGUCUGCGCGGCUGCCGUCUGGGCAUCGUACACCCGGGCAUCACGGAGAUGCAGGCCAAGGCCAUCGCGGAGGCGGCCGUGAAGGUGGCCGGCGAGGGCAUCUCGGUGCACCCGCACAUCAUGAUCCCGCUGGUGGGCUCGUUCGAGGAGCUGGAGCAGCAGGUGAAGCUGGUCAAGUCGGUGGUGCAGGACGUGAUCGGCAAGCGCGGCAAGUCGUUCGACUACAAGGUGGGCACGAUGAUCGAGGUGCCGCGCGGCGCGCUGCAGGCCGGCAAGCUGGCCGAGGUGGCCGAGUUCUUCUCGUUCGGAACGAACGACCUGACGCAGAUGACGUUCGGCAUCUCGCGCGACGACGCGCAGGCCAAGUUCCUGUCCUACUACGUGAAGCACGGCGUGCUGGAGAAGGACCCGUUCGAGACGCUGGACCAGGAGGGCGUGGGCGAGCUGGUGCGCCUGGCCGUGGAGCGCGGCCGCGCGACGCGCCCCAAGAUCGAGCUGGGCAUCUGCGGCGAGCACGGCGGCGACCCGCAGUCCAUCGAGUUCUUCGAGAAGGUGGGCCUCAAGUACGUGUCGUGCUCGCCGAUGCGCGUGAUGAUCGCCCGACUCGCGGCGGCGCAGGCGGCGCUCAAGCUCAAGAAGAGCUCGCCCGUGCCCGGCGCGUAG